AUGGAUACUGUAAUACAGGCUCCUACACUGUCAACGUCACAACAUGCGUCUCCUCCGGGAGUGGAAUUCUUUGAGCAAGGACUUUUAUUGUUCAAGCCUUCAUAUGAAGAGCCUACGGUUGGUCAAAUCGAAGUUCUCAAUCUCAUAGCAUUUUACUGCUAUUCUUUGAACCGCCGAAAGACCGCAUACGCGUAUGCUGGAAUGGCUUUGCGCCUUGGUACUCUUUUGGGAAUUGCGAAACCCCCAAGUGCGUCUGUUGACCUUGUUGACUAUGAGCAUGGGAAGCGGGUCUGGUGGACCGCCAUAUGUAUGGAUUUGAUGACUUGCACGGAAUUGUCUCUGCCCCCUACAUAUCGUUUUGAAAAUACAUGUGUUGAAUUUCCCGACGAUACUCACCUGCCUAGCGGAAGAAAGGACUUUUCUGAUGCGAUGUACCUGACCGCACAGAUUGAAUUGUGUCGACUGAAGCAUCGCAUACUCGAGACAGCACUGGAGCUCCGAAUUGGGAAUGCAAGCGACGCACAUGCAUUGGUUGAACCGUGUUUCCAUCUUUUACAUCAAUGGAGAACUAAAUUCUCUCCUGGUCUGGGGUUCUCAGAGGAUAUAGAGUUUAUGCAUGGUACUUUGGCUCUCCCGGAGAUGCGCACGGUUGCCUCAAUGUUGAUGCGUUAUAACCAGUGUUUUGUUCUUCUCUUACGGCCUUUGUUGCUAAUGCAACUUUACCCCCUUGUGCGAGAACAACUCCCUCCCACGCCAGACGCAGAACUUGUUGGCUUGAAUACGCAAUGUUUGCGUGCAGCGACAGACAAUCUUAAGAUCCAGCAUGCACUUUCCAGGUGUCACAAAAUUGCGAAGUUCGGAUUUUGGGAAUCACUUCACAUCUUUUCCAGUCUGACUAUCCACGUAAUCAUUACGUUUAUGGCAGAAAAGUGCCCGGCUGCCUUUUCUAACUCCCCCGAUAUUACAAUAUAUGACUCUGUGCGAAGCCUCCUGGCGGAAAUGGCUCGGGCAGGAAAUGCUGCAUCCAAUGAUCAUGAGCACAUGAUUCAAGAUAUUGAGGGUCUGUUCAAGGCCGAUUCAACGAAUGCUAGCCUUCCGGAGGGAAUCGACGACAUGGUCAGAUGGUCUGACUUCCUCGAUGGGAACAUGGGGGCGGAACUAUUUGACCCAUUCCCAUCUGAGGCAUGA